AUGACUCCGUCCAACAGGGUUGGGAGGGGAGGAGGUAAAAAAAAAAAAAAAAAAAACAAGUAGCCAGUGCAGGGCGGAUGGAGAGAAGCACGGUUGUGCGAUUAGAGAUGAGAAGAAAAGAGGGAGAAAGAGAGGAGAGACGCGAACCUAAGUGGGAAGGAGAAAAGACGAGAGUAACGACGGCGUGUGUACUAGUCCGUUUCGAGCGACACGAUGUGUUUCCCCACGCUUUUUGUUUUAAUUUCGUAGAGGCCACCAACUCUCGCGCCUUCUCUCCCCCGUUUCUCUCUUUUUCUCUUGUUUCCUCUCUCAUGGGAACCCCGCGAAAUGUACCACGGUGGUUUUCAGCACUGUGGAUGCUGCUAGCUAUAUAUUCACCAUCCUCUUCUCUCUCUCUCUCUCUCUCUCUCUCUCUCUCUAUCUCUUUCCUCUUUUUCCAUCCUCGUCCUCCCACUAUCCCUCGUUCCUCUCACCUCCCAGUACUCCCCUAACCCCGUUUCCUUCGUCGUUCCCACCAUUCGUGCCGUAUCCCUUCUCCUUGCACGCUUUCGCCGCCACCCCUACGAGUCGGCGAAGGGCUGAACCGGCCAGUGCAAUUCACGACGAGAUCGGUGACGAGUCUACGCAUCUCCCGCGUCCCCUGUACUAUCGUGAUUUUUUCAUGCGUUGCUCGCCCGCGUUUUGCCGCGCGGUAAACGAUACCAUUUAGUCUUUCAUUUCAUUUCAAUUUCGUUCGCGGCCGUCUGUCCGUCAGUUCGCCGGUCCAGUCACAAAAGGCACGUACCACAUUUCACUACGUUUUGCCUCGAGCUCGUUCCAUUAGAGACGCUUUGUUCGCGCCUAGCUCGGUUCGUCUCCUCGGCUCUUCCUUUCACGUCGUUUCGAUUUCAGCCUCGUUACGCGUCAUGCCCCGUCGCGUCGAGCGCGUUUAUUCUCCCUUAGGUUAAUUAGCGUGCGGCCCAGUUUAAUGAUCUUUCGAACGUCAUUAAACUCUCGCUCGGCCGCCGGGGUGCACUCGAAACGUGAACGUUCGACAGGGAAAUGCCGCGUCAAGUAGCUGGGAAAUGAUACGUUCGGGACGACGAUGUAACUUCGAGGGUCGUUAAGCGGGCCGACAACUUAUCGGCGGGAUGUCAACAUCGUGCCUGUCUCCUGUCCAACUCGACGAUCUUGUAAUCCAUCGAACGCUACAGAACGAUGCAGCGAUGGCACGUAAGUCUGCAUCCACGUUCUUUUCAAUUUGUCAUUUUCAUUCGUGUUUUUUCGCUCUCCGCGCCGUCACUCCCAGCCAUCGUCGAUUUAGUUCAUUGUCUCGUUGUCUGUCGAUGAACGAUACGGUUGCCGGAACGAUUAAAGCCGAUGCAAAGCGCAAUUGUCAUGAGUCGACGAGAGAAAGGAUCCGUUUGAGAGGAGGGUCAAUAGAGCGCCGGGGAAAUAUCGAAGAAAUUUAUAACCUCGUGAUUCUUUGAAUACAUUUUCUCCCCCUUUCUUUUUGUUCCCUUAGCCGCGGCAGUCCGGUCUCUUUUUUUUACGGCUCGGCAACUCAUUGAGUAUUCAUUCAAUAUACACGUUUUUUCUGCGGCUUGUACUCCUCCUCGACGUGUACGGUACAAGUGUCUGUCUGUGUAACAACGUCCGUAUCUACUUGAAUUCUUUUCGAGUGUCAGACGUUUUUUGCGUAAAAGCGGGUCAAAAGAACGGACGGAAUCUCUCUCUCUCUCUCUCUCUCUCUCUCUUUCUCCCUACGUACCGUAGUACGUAUCCAACGAUGUCUACGUGUACGUGUUUGUACGUGUUCUUCUUCACGUGUACAUGUACGUUGCGCGAUGCUAACUAAGUAAAUAAAGAUGCGUGAAAAUAAGGGUAACACCGUGAAUUUUUCGUUUAAUGUUUCGGAUCAACCGCGUUAUCCUUGCGUACGUAGGCAGCAUAGGGAAUUUCGCGAUCCAGAAACUCGAUAAAACUAGAUUUUAACUCUGGCGAUAAAUUUUCACCGUUCAAAGGGUAUACUCGUGACGUCGACUUAUCUGUCGAGCAAUCGGGUGACAGUUUAACGAAGGACUUAAUUGUAGAAUGUAAAUCGUCGACGAGGCUCCGGCGGAUACGAUUUGCGAUUAUCCACACGAUAGUUGCAAUUCCGUGUUCUGUAGAAGCUCGAAUAUUAUCGAAUAAACGGGAACCUAGUAGCGGUAGUUUGGUAGAGUUGCCGGUUGGCUGCGUCGGCUACGAGCUUAGAAAACGCGGCAUUCAUGUAAGGAAACAGUCGAGCUAUAUUUCUAACGUCGACGGGGAUACAACUGAAUAUCGGUGA